AUGUCACACAGACAGUUUGCUCCUUUGGAUUAUGUCAUCUUCGGUGCUUGUUUAUUCAUUUCGAUAGGUAUCGGGGUUUAUCAUGCAUUUAAAGGACGUCAUCACAAAACAACGAAUGAAUAUUACUUUGGUGGGAAAACAAUGGGUGCCAUACCGGUUACCUUGUCGUUGAUUGUGACAUAUCAGUCUUCAGUUUUCCUACUUGGUAUGCCUGCAGAAUUGUACGUAUAUGGAACAAUGUUCAUGUGGAUACUUGUGGGAGUCAGCAUUGGUUUUGUUCUGAUUAGCCUGCUGAUUGCACCACUACUUCACCCAUUGGAUAUCAAAACUGUUUAUCAGUACUUGGAAUUACGGUAUAAUCAUCAUGCUCCCAGAAAGCUUGCUUCUUUCCUUGGACUUGUAGUAGUUGCUAUCUAUCUAGGAUUAGUACUAUAUGGACCAGCUAUUGCUCUUGUAACUGUUACUGGUUUUCCAAUUUGGGGGUCAUUCGUUGUCGUUGCAGUUGGAGUUAUUUUGUACACUAGUAUAGGUGGAUACAGAGCUGUAAUUUGGGCGGACGUGUUCCAGUUUUGUAUCAUAAUAGUCGGAUUAUUAUCAAUAUUAAUAAAGGGACUGAUGUCUUUGAAAGAAUUAAAUUUCUUAACAGUUGCAAAAGAAAGUGGAAGGAUAGAUUUUACAGAAAUAAGCUUCGAUCCGACUGUUAGGCAUACAGUGUGGGGGUUAGUUAUAGGAAACGCCUUCCACUUCUUUUCUCUUGGGUACAGUCAACUUAUUGUACAAAGGAUUUUGUCAUGUAAGAAUACAUCAAUAUCUAAAAGGUCUGUUAGAUCCACCAUACCUGGAUUUAUUGUGUUUUGGACUUCGACGUGUACGCUUGGUUUAAUGGCAUUUUCUUACUUCUAUGAAAGAGGAUGUGAUCCAUUAAAAAGCAAAAUGAUCAAAAGUCCAAAUCAGAUUUUACCAUACUUUGUAAUGAAUAUAUUUGAAGAAGUCCCAGGCCUUCCAGGAUUAUUUCUAGCUGCGCUGUUCAGUGCAACAAUAAGCACUCUCUCUUCUGGAUUGAACAGCCUUCCAAUAAUUACAUGGGAAGAUUUUCUGAAACCAAUUAUCCCGACAGUGUCUGAUGGAAAGACACUUUUGAUUGGUAAAUGCUUAGUGAUUUUAUACGGUGGUUUAGCCAUUGGUAUUGCUUACAUUAUAUUACACACUGGUGGACCGAUAUUACAAGUGACUCAGGCGACGUUUGGUUGCAUUAAUGGACCCGUUGUUGGGAUGUUUAUUUUGGGAGCAACAUUUAGGUGUGCUAAUUACAAGACCUGA